AGUCGGCGACCAUUACAUUACAAAUAGCUUUGGGAAGACGCUAAAGGAAGUUCUUGCUUCAACAGUGAUUGAACGGAACUCUUCUGCUUUUGUCCCGAACUCUAACAUUUUGGAUCGAUAACUAAACACUUACUUGAAUUCUAACAGCAAAACAGUAUAAGAAGCUCUAUUUUUGUACCAUUUAUUUUGAUAUAAAAGAAAAAUAAUCUGCCAAAAUGGAGUCUCAGAUCCGCCAGAACUACCACCGUGACUGCGAAGCCGCCAUCAACCGAAUGAUCAACAUGGAGCUAUUUGCCUCUUACACUUACACAUCAAUGGCUUACUAUUUCUCCCGUGAUGACGUGGCUCUGCCUGGCUUCGCUCAUUUUUUCAAGGAGAACAGCGAUGAGGAGCGUGAGCACGCUGACCGCUUUCUGGCCUUCCAGAACAAAAGGGGUGGACGCAUUUUCCUCCAGGACAUUAAGAAGCCUGAUCGUGAUGAGUGGGGCAGUGGGCUGGAGGCCAUGCAGUGUGCUCUGCAGUUGGAGAAGACUGUGAACCAGGCCCUGCUGGACCUGCACAAGAUUGCAGCAGACAAGGUCGACCCCCAUCUCUGUGACUUCCUGGAGACUCACUACCUUGGUGAGCAGGUAGAGGCCAUUAAGAAGCUGGGCGACUAUGUCACCAACCUCACCAAGAUGGAUGCCGCCAACAACAAGAUGGCAGAGUACCUGUUUGACAAGCAUACCCUGGGAAGCAAGAGCUAAACUAUACCCUUCCCCCACCAGUCUACAAGCAUCCAGCUGUCUCUUGUCUGUCUUGCUGUCUUUUCCUCUAUUAAAAUGGGAGUGUUUAACAUGUAUGAGUAGUGCAAAACUGCUGUAAUUUUGUUACUUUUGGUUAUUCCUGAUGUGUUCUAAGUGUUAUCUGAAGUAAUGGAUGUUGUAGCGGUCUAGUCAGUUGCUUUUCUCUUGGGUCAUUUUGAUAAGCAGUGAAGCUGUUCCCUUACUUGGCACUGAAUCUGAAUAAAAUUUUGAGCAAGACCUUUAA